AUGACUCGACUCGAUAUCGUUAAAAAUGGUGAUAAAAAUAAAAAGCUUAAAACGAAGAGAAAGCCUCGCAAUGAUAUAAAUUUCAAGAGUUUACAAUCAAUUCCGAUUCUUGAUGGCAAGCAACCCGAUAAAAUUUCUAAAAAGAAUUUUACUGGCUUUAAGGUUAAAGCCAACCAAUUUAAAAGUAAAAAGAAUUCUUCUACCAUAAAUCUUUAUAAACAAAAACAACAGUCUCCGGAUACGACUAGUUUAAUUACCGAGCAAGAAGAAAAUCAACUGUAUUCUUUAAAUAUUUCCGGUUUAGUUUCUACUAAUCAACGAGAGAUUAGUGAAGGACCUUUUCCUCAAUAUGAACCUCCCUCGGGGUGGAAAAAAUUGGAAACAAGUGAAAUUUCAACAUUUGAUUUUAAAAAUGUUCACAAUGAAGACAAUGAAUUAUGGUUAUUUAAAAUUCCUCCAAAUAUUUCAAAGUCGGACCUUCAAGGGCUAACUCUGAAACUUCCUACGGGAUUAUCCCGAAUCCCAACAAAAGUAGCAACUAUACAACAAGAAUUACAAGAACAUUUAUAUAAAAAGAAGAAUUCUGAAUCAGCAGAGUAUCAUGUUUACGAGAUGCCUAACGAUGAUGAUAUUUCUCAAGAGAAUGAAAUGGGCAAAGGGAUUAUCAGAGAAUUGAGAGCCCCACAUGAAACGAUCUAUAAACAAAUGAAAGGGUUGGAAAUAUUAUUACCAUGCCACGAAGCUCAAGGUUUACUGCUCUCGCAUAAAAAACCUACACGCUACUUUAAUAUAUGUCGACCUGUUAAUCCACCUGAUUCGAAUUCAAACAUUGAUUCGAUUUUGGCGAAACGACGAGAUACCAUCAUUCACCCACCAGAAACGUUUGUUCCAAGAUAUACCACCACGUUCCCUGAUUACUCUAAAAAACACAUGAUCGAGGCAAAUGCCGCUAAAGAAAAAUUUCGAAAUAAAAUGAUGAAUGAAUGGAAAUUUCCAAAGUGGCAACAACAAAUUAAAAAACAUGAGGAAAUGGUAGAAAGCUCUUACAGGGAAUAUAAAAAAAAAUGUAAGAUCGCGGUGAACCAAUCGAAAAGGAAAUUUGCGAAAGAGGUCAAAGAUAAGAAGGGUUGGGAUGUUUUAGGGAUAAAGAAGAGGAAAACAUCUUCAAAUGGUGGUAACAUGGAAGAUGGUGAUGGCAAUAGUUCAACGGCGUCAUCAAGUAUUGAAAGCGAGGAGAGACUUCCCAAUAAAACAAAGAUUUUGGCUGACCUCAAACGUCAAAGAAACUUUGAACACGAGGAUCCAGAUAUAGAUUUAGAGAUAUUCGAAGAAGUCGCAGAAGAGGAAAUGGCUUUUGUGCAACUUGCUCAAAACCAAAUCUAUCAAAGGAGACGAACAGUUAAAGAAGCACGAGAGGCGGAAAAAAUGGCAUCUGUCACAUGGGUCCCCGCUUUAGUUAAUUAUCCGACAUAUAAACCGCCAGAAACCUGGUGGUCAAAAACUUAUGACAAGAUCUUUGACGAAACAUCAAAAACUAAGUUUAGACCGAAAUUAACCAAAUGGAAAUAUACAUUAGAAGAAAGGUUGGAAUAUUAUAGAAGACAUGGUUGCGAACCUCCAUCAUACGCCGCAGCAGGGACGAGAGGCCAUAGGAUUGAAAUCAAUUACGAUGGAAUUGAGGGAAACCUCGAAAUUCCUAAAUUGAACUCAAAAAGAAUACUUCCACCGCCAUCCCCUGGAACAACGGGUCAUCUUCGACCUUGUGUCGAGCUGAUCGAUAAUUCUAAAUGUUAA